AUGGGUAAGGAAGAGAAGGCUCACAUCAACGUCGUCGUUAUCGGCCACGUCGAUUCCGGCAAGUCGACCACCACUGGUCACUUGAUCUACCAGUGCGGUGGUAUCGACAAGCGUACCAUCGAGAAGUUCGAGAAGGAGGCUGCUGAGCUCGGCAAGGGUUCCUUCAAGUACGCGUGGGUUCUUGACAAGCUCAAGGCCGAGCGUGAGCGUGGUAUCACCAUCGACAUUGCCCUCUGGAAGUUCGAGACUCCCAAGUACUAUGUCACCGUCAUUGACGCCCCCGGUCACCGUGACUUCAUCAAGAACAUGAUCACUGGUACUUCCCAGGCCGACUGCGCCAUUCUCAUCAUUGCCGCCGGCACUGGUGAGUUCGAGGCUGGUAUCUCCAAGGAUGGCCAGACUCGUGAGCACGCUCUGCUCGCCUACACCCUCGGUGUCAAGCAGCUCAUCGUUGCCAUCAACAAGAUGGACACCACCAAGUGGUCUGAGGCCCGUUACGAGGAGAUCAUCAAGGAGACCUCCUCCUUCAUCAAGAAGGUCGGCUACAACCCCAAGACUGUUGCCUUCGUCCCCAUCUCCGGUUUCCACGGCGACAACAUGCUUGCCCCCACCACCAACGCUCCCUGGUACAAGGGUUGGGAGAAGGAGACCAAGGCCGGCAAGAGCUCCGGCAAGACUCUCCUUGAGGCCAUCGACUCCAUCGACCAGCCCAAGCGCCCGACAGACAAGCCCCUCCGUCUUCCCCUUCAGGAUGUCUACAAGAUCGGCGGUAUCGGCACUGUGCCCGUCGGCCGUAUCGAGACUGGUGUCCUCAAGCCCGGCAUGGUCGUCACCUUCGCCCCUGCCAACGUCACCACUGAAGUCAAGUCCGUCGAGAUGCACCACGAGCAGCUCACCGAGGGUCUCCCCGGUGACAACGUUGGUUUCAACGUGAAGAACGUUUCCGUCAAGGACAUUCGCCGUGGCAACGUCGCCGGUGACUCCAAGAACGACCCCCCUGCCGGCGCUGCCUCCUUCAACGCCCAGGUUAUCGUCCUCAACCACCCCGGUCAGGUUGGUGCUGGCUACGCCCCCGUCCUCGACUGCCACACUGCCCACAUCGCCUGCAAGUUCUCCGAGAUCCUCGAGAAGAUUGACCGCCGUACCGGAAAGUCCGUUGAGAACAACCCCAAGUUCAUCAAGUCUGGUGACGCCGCCAUCGUCAAGAUGGUUCCCUCCAAGCCCAUGUGCGUUGAGGCUUUCACCGACUACCCCCCUCUGGGACGUUUCGCCGUCCGUGACAUGCGUCAGACCGUCGCUGUCGGUGUCAUCAAGUCCGUCGAGAAGGCUUCCGCCGCUGCCGGCAAGGUCACCAAGUCUGCUGCCAAGGCUGCCAAGAAAUAA